AUGUCUGCGGAUCUCAAGAUCCGAAUGAAGGCGAACAAGCGACGAAUGUUGCCCAAUCCCAAGGAGGGAGUAAUCAACUUCAACCGCAAGCAGAUGCCGGAGGUCAUUUCAGAGCAUAAUGAUCCGGAACGAGUUGAAUGGACAGAGCUUGACAGUCCUCCGCCAGAGUACAUUAUUGGGCAACCGGCCUUGAGGGUUCCCGAUGCCUCAAAGCCUCGAUACAAGCUCUUCUGGCCUAUUCAAAAUGGAUGGUGCAAUGAGCGGGACUAUACGAGCAAGCGCAUGCUAUUCCUUGAUAUCUCCUUGAUCCUCGAAGAGGCGAUCAAGACCCAACUGGGCCUCCACAGCAAAAAGGACUGGCCUCAAUACUCUUGUGUGUUUGUGAUUCCGGAUCUAUACGAGAAGUCUUAUGUGACGCAGGUGCUGGAGAUGCUGAUGCGGGAGUUCUCCUUCGCCCGGGUGUGCUUUAUCCAGGAAAGUUUGGCGGCCACUUUUGGUGCCGGUUUCACCUCUGCCUGUGUUGUCGACAUUGGAGCCCAGAAGACGUCAAUUUGCUGCGUCGAAGAAGGCAUGUGCAUCGAAAAUUCGCGAGUGAACCUAAAAAUGGGCGGCAACGAUGUGACCGAGACUUUCACCAAGAUGAUGUUGCAUGACCAUUUCCCAUAUGCCGAUAUCAACCUCUGGCGUCGAUAUGAUUAUCUCCUGGCCGAGGAGUUGAAGAAGAAUAUUUGCACUAUGGACGAGGCUAAAGUGUCCCCGCAAGCAUUCGACCUCCACCUUCGAGUGUCCGGUCAGGAUACAGAAAAGCACAAUUUCAAGGUUUUCGAUGAGGGUCACCUUGCUCCCAUGGGGUUCUUUGAGCCAACCAUCUUCGACAACUCGCAGAAGCUGGACGGGCGACGGAAGCUCAUUGAAAGGUCCGUUGACAUCUAUGAUGGCCAACCCAAUGACCCUACUUCGGCAGCUCAGUCCGAAAUCAUGACUGCUCUGGCUCCCCCACUUCCUUCUAAUGGCAAGGCCAACGGUGAGCCUGACGUUCAUGCGACCCCUGCUCGCCCCCAGCAGCCGAAUCCGCUGGGUCGGAUACAGGAACAAGACGCCACCCCUCGGUCCUCCGUUGCCGGGUCUCCUGCCCCUGAAACUGUGGGAACCCCCCAAGCGGGUGGAUCUGGCACACCGGCUGUCAAUGCGGCGACAUCUCAGCCUGCUCGCCCGGCUGUUGAGUACCGCGACGACAUCUUGCCCGUUUUCCCCCUAGACAACGCCAUCUUGACCUCGAUCGCUCACGCCGCUCGUUCAGACGAGAAAAAGAUGCGGGACUUCAUUGGUGGCAUCAUGGUGGUUGGUGGUGGUAGUCUCACCAAUGAACUACAUGCAUUCCUCGAGGCACGACUGAAGGCUCUUCGUCCUGGUUUCCUAAAGGAGAUCAUGAUUGGCGUCCCACCACGAGACCUUGAUGCCCAAGUGGUCGUCUGGAAGGGUGCCAGUAUCUUUGGAAAAUUGAACACAACUAAUGACAGCUGGAUUGGUCAGCUGGAAUACGAUCGAUUGGGACAUCGCUUGAUGGCAUACAAGUGCAUGUGGGCGUACUAA